UUUCUUGACCAGAUCUUCAAUACAGAAAAUGACGGAGAGAAGCAGAAGACAAGGACAUUGUGACAAUCCUAAUAUGGAGGAUAUAACAGAUAGAAUGUUGUUUUUCGGUAUGAGAGAUAUCAGCAACGAGGAAAGUAAAUCUGGAAUAAAACAAAAAGUGACUACAAAGAAACAGAGGAAAACAAGAAAAACGAGCUGCACAUUGUCAAAAAUAAACACAGAGUUACAGAAUGUCAAGCGGAAACGCAAAACAUCCGCCCCAGAUCAAAUAAAAAUGAGACCACUCAUAUACCCACGAUUUCCGGAAUGCAUGGAUGACCUAUUGGUAUCACGCAAUACUUCGUCAGCUAAUUCAAAAUGGUCAGGAGGUGAUGAAGUUCUGUCCGAGGAAGAAUUUUCAUCACCAGAACCGCCAGAGAUGACUACUCAUUCACCUGUACCUGAAGAGUCUAGUUUACCUUCUGGUCCUGCUGGACUUUCAGGCACGUGUACCCAUCAACCCCGAACGUGUUUGUGUAUGAGGUGUCAAUUAAUGUCAAGAAUGUCAAAAGAAUCCGAGAGGAAUGUCCGGUUCUGGGGAAAUUCUCAAUGCUUUAGAUUCUGAUCUGCAUAGAUUGUUUAAUGUAUGUUGUCUAAAAUUAUAUACAAAAAAAUUAACAAUAAUUCAGAAUUGUUUAUUUGUAGUAGUUUGUAAUUUUAUACUAUAGUACAAUACUUUUAACUACCAAAUGUUAGCAGACCUCGCAGGGUUUCUUCAUUUCAGAACGUAAGAAAGUGGAUUUUGAUAGAAAAAGAAGGUAGUGCUGCAAACUUUAGUUUCUAUUUUAAUUGUCGCACAGAAGACUAUGUAUCUCUCUAUUGUUUUGAUAUUGUGUUUGUUAUUUUAAUUUUAAAUAAAUUUGUUGACAAUAAAAUGCGAUUAUAAUAUA